AUGUCAACAGAAGCAUUAUUGUCCAAAGUUACUUGUUGUAUAUAUAAUCAAUAUUCUAAAGACUUGUACUUAAAUAUCUCCUAUAAAAGCUGGGAACUAAGAACGAUUACAGAGAAUUCAGAGUCAAGAAGAGAAAAAGAGAAGGCUCUUAGAAUUUUGGAUAUUGAAGAAGAGCGUUCACCUGAAUUCGUCGCUGUGACGUGCGCAUUUAGCUACGAUUAA